CGUGCAAAACGAGGGUUAAAAAGUAUUUCUUUUUUAAAAAUCACAAGUGUUUUUGAAAGGCAAGAAAAAGUGUAUUGGGGGAGAACAAGCCGAGUGGAUGCGAAGCCUCGCACGCAGCGUGCAGCUCGGCGGCCAGCCAGCGUUCACUUUCACUAAUCAAACUCUUACUUCCCACCUCUCUUAAUUCCAUAUUUUCUAUUCCUGAUCAUUACUUUCCUCUUUUUCUCGCCCUUCCUUGUAUCUAUCCAUCCUCCCUCCCUCCUCUUCCUCCCUCCUCCUUGCCCUCCCUCCGCCGUCUCUCCUCUGCUGAAUCUUAUUGAUCCACAAGGCGGCUAAUUAGCCCUUCCCUUCGUGCCUGUGUAAUGAAGCACAUGCGCACUGAAUUAAUCACAGCCAUUUUUUUCUCGCAGGAAACUAAUUAGCAGGAAUAAAGAUCCAAAGAGUUUUUUCUUCCCCCAAUCAUCAGAUCUCACUUUCACCUCUUCCUCGCGCGCCUCCAACUCCGGACUCGGCUGCUUUGCAUCCAAAUUAUUUUUGAUAUUGCCUUUAACAACUAAUAGCUACCUACUUGCGCCCCUUUUCCAGCCAAGCACUCGGCAACAACAAUGAUCUUUCUUUUUUUUCGGCCACCCCCGAGCGCAAACUGACCGAAAUGGGACUCUUCUCGCCUUGAUGGGAUCUUUAGCUCCAUCGUCUCGCUACUGGAUUAAAACGCGAUCAUCACAAAGCGGCAAAUUCGCAUGCUGAUGUGUGCUUCGUUGACCUUGGGUUCACCCUCACUGCCACCGUCAUGCCGUUUCUGUGGUGAAAAUGAAACUGAGCCUGGAUGCGAUGAACGCCUCAUGUAGGCAUCAGCAUGGACAGCUGUGAGUCUCCCGUGUUUUCUGGGACAGACGAUGGGCUCAGCUCCUCCCAGCAGCAGCAGCAGCAGCAGCAGCGGCAGCAGCAGCAGCAGCAGCAACCUCCACAGCCCUGGAACGAUCACCCUAGCUUGCAGCUUCCUUGCGCCAACCAGGCCGCUUCCCUGGACCCGUUGUCCUUUUCUGCUCCUUAUCCUUCUCAAUCCGAAAACCCUUGUGCUCUUCAUGACGAGGUGAGGGAACUGCAGUCUCUGCAGUCCCAGCCAAAACAAACAUCCAGCCAGGCUCACCGGGAUAGCCCUGCCACUGGUCAGCUGCAUUCCAAGAGAGAGGGCCGAGAGGGAGAGGAGCGGGACAGAUUGAGCUGUGGAGAAGAGGAAGAAUCGGAAGAUUUGGACGAAAUGGAAAUCGACAGCUGUUUCCCAAGUCUUCAACCCUUUCCCGGGGUAGUGAUGGCUCAAGGCGCAGGGGGCAUGCCCACUCUUCUGCGUCAUCAGCCCGCACAAGGGCGAGGUGGGCCUGAGAGUGGAAGUGAAGAAGGAGAGGAGGAAGAGGAGAGUAGUGAUGUGGAGAACUUGGCUGGCGAGAUCGUCUACCAACCCGAUGGCUCCGCCUACAUCGUUGAGAGCCUCAGUCAGCUCAUCCAAAGCGGUGGGAGCAUGGUUCCCAGCCUGCUUCCCACAAACUCUCUCGCUAGUGGGGGAAAACCCGGGGAACCGGCCGGGACGUCAUCCUCGGUCUACCCUCAGAUCAUCAACACGUUUCACAUAGCCUCGUCCUUUGGAAAGUGGUUUGGCAAUUCAGACCAAGGUUUCUCCAAUACCUCAUCCAUGGCAGGCCUCAGUCCUGUCCUGCACAGUUUUCGUGUCUUUGAUGUGCGGCACAAAAGUAACAAGGAUUACCUUAACAGCGAUGGGUCUGCCAAGAAGUCCUGUGUAUCCAAAGAUGUUCCUAACAAUGUGGAUUUCUCCAAAUUUGAUGGUUUGGCCCUGUAUGGCAAGGGUAAGCCUAUUCUCAUGUGUUUUCUCUGCAAGCUGUCCUUUGGUUACGCGCGUUCCUUUGCCACCCAUGCUGUCCAUGACCACCGCAUGACGCUGUGUGAGGAUGAACGCCGUCUAUUAGGGGACAACCAUGCAUCUGCUAUCAUCCAGGGGAUUGGAAAAGACAAAGAGCCCCUCAUCAGCUUCCUGGAACCAAAAACUAAGGGCACUCCUGUGCCACCUCCCCUGCUUCCUAUGAACUCUGGCCAGAGCUUUUAUGGCACGUUUAGUGGUGUCCAUUUGGAGGCUGGAAGCAGCAGUGGAGGCAGCGAGACCCUCCUGAACAAAGACUCUGACUCUAGCCUCCAGCAGCAGCAGCAGACGCAGCAAACCCCGCUAAACUCUGUUUUGUCUCUUGGAAGGCUGGGCACUCCCAAAGCACCCACUCUUCCCUCAACCCCAGGCUCUGCCAAAGACUCCAGUGCCCCGUCUUUACAUGGGGGGAGAACAGAGGAGCCUACCGGGAACGAGUUGGCUUACAAGGGAAACGAUGGGGCCAGCGAGGGCCUUGGCAGUACGACACACCUCGCUAGCCAGGUGGGUGGUUCAGAAGAAGAGGAAGGAGAACCGUUAUUAGGGGAAGAAGAUGAGGUGGAGGCAGAAGGCACUGUGGUGACCAGUGGUGUUAAUAGUAGCAGUGGUGGAGGUGAUGCAGGGGAACCAGCUAUCUCAAACCAAAGCAUUUCCAAAUCUCCUUUAUUAAUGCCUAGUAGCACUCUCCAGCCUUCUGCCUGCACCCCUGCGGUCAGUUACACGCGAAACAGUAAAUCCCCUGCUUCCACUUCUUCCUCUGUCAAGGAGGAGGUUUCAGCUACAGAAGGUGGGGGGAGAACCUCAGAGCUCCCGCUGAGCUUUAACUGCCAGGGAACUACCGUUCCCAUGGCAAUGGCAGCAGCCAAUGUCAGAAAGAGUGAGGAGGACACUGCUGGCACUUCUUCCUCACCUCUAUCCUCCAACGCUGCUGCUGAUGAAAGUGCCAAUCGAGAUAGUGCCACAGCUCCAGAACCAAACGAUUGCCCGGCUGAGGAAGAGGAGGAAAAUGGAUCCCUUCUGCAGCAACACCACAUGCACCAUCAUCAUCAUCACCUGCAUUCAUCAUUGCAUGGCCACAUUCACCCCCAACCCAGCGGUUCCUGUGACAUAACAGGGGUGAAUGACUGUUCACAGAACCAUGGACCCGGUGGCAGUGGAGGAAGUGGGGUGGAAUGCCCUAAAUGUGACACCGUUCUAGGUUCCUCGCGCUCUUUGGGUGGUCACAUGACCAUGAUGCAUUCGCGUAACUCAUGCAAGACACUCAAGUGUCCCAAAUGCAACUGGCAUUACAAAUAUCAACAGACUUUGGAGGCUCAUAUGAAAGAAAAGCACCCAGAUUCUGGAGGAUCUUGUGUGUUCUGCAGCAGCGGUCAAAGUCAUCCUCGUCUGGCGCGUGGAGAAAGCUAUACAUGUGGAUACAAACCUUUCAGAUGUGAGGUAUGUAACUACUCAACAACCACUAAGGGGAACCUAAGCAUCCACAUGCAAUCAGAUAAACACCUAAACAACAUGCAGACACUGCAGAACGGAGGCUCAAUCGGAUCAGCGCAGGAACAGGUGUUUGGACAUGGCCCAGGAGGUGUGGUGGCCGUGCCCUCUGUGACCCAGGCCGGUAGCCACCAUCCGGCCCACCACCACCCCACACAGUCCUCCGCCCAUGUAAGUGGACCGUGCGGUGCCCCCUCACCGACCAAGCCAAAGAGCAAACCGACUUGGCGCUGUGAGGUAUGCGACUACGAAACCAACGUGGCGCGGAACCUCCGCAUCCACAUGACCAGCGAGAAGCACAUGCACAACAUGAUGCUCCUCCAGCAGAACGUGACUCAAAUGCAACACGGCCGACUGGCGCUGGGAGCUAUGCCCUCGCCCUCCGAGGCUGAGCUCUACCAGUAUUACCUGACACAGAACAUGAGCCUACCGCCAGGCCUCAAGAUAGACCCAACAGGACCUGAGGCCCAGUUCCUAAUGGGGGGCUUUCCUUUAGAUCCCAGCAUGGCUGCCUUGACCCCCGCACUGGUAGGUGGGGACAUCCCGAUGGAUAUGCGCCUGGGCAGUGGCCAGUUGGUGUCAGAGGAGCUAAUGACCUUGGGAGAAAGUCUAUCACAAACUAGCGACCCUUCACUCAAGCUCUUCCAGUGCGCUGUGUGCAACCGCUUCACCACCGACAACCUGGAUGUCCUUGGCAUCCACAUGGGGGCUGAGCGCAGCCUGCCCGAAGAGGAGUGGCGUGCCGUGGUGGGCGACUCUCAUCAGUGCAAGUUGUGCCACUACACCACUCAACUCAAGGCCAAUUUCCAGCUCCAUUGCAAGACAGACAAGCACGUUCAAAAGUACCAGCUUGUGGCCCAUAUUAAGGAGGGAGGCAAAGGCAACGAAUGGCGACUGAAAUGCGUGGCCAUUGGCAACCCGGUACACCUGAAGUGCAACGCUUGCGACUACUACACCAACAGCUUGGAGAAGUUGAGGAUGCACACAGUCAAUUCCCGACAUGAGGCGAGCCUCAAACUCUACAAGCACCUACAGCAGCACGAAAACGCGGUGGAGGGCGAUGCUUGCUACUACCACUGCGUGCUGUGCAACUACUCGACCAAGGCCAAACUCAACCUGAUCCAGCAUGUGCGCUCCAUGAAGCACCAGCGUAGCGAGAGCCUCAGGAAGCUGCAGCGCUUGCAGAAGGGCCUGCCCGAGGACGACGAAGACCUCAACUCCAUCUUCACCAUUCGCAAAUGCCCCUCUUCGGAUACAGGAGAGCUGAGUGAGGAUGUGGAGGCUGCUAGUGAGACCACCACAGACCAGGAGGACCAAACCAAAGACAGAGAAAGUGGGGGGGAGAAGGAGCUCACCAAAGGGCCAGCAGUGUCCGGCCAUUCAGAACAGCACCAGUCAGAUUCCCCGAUCCCGAGCAAAAAGCCCUCGUCACGGUCGGAGACCUCUGAGAGCCCGCUGUCCUCGAAGCGUCCCCGGGCAGCUGAAAAGCGAGCCGCGGAGCAGAUGUACCAGUGCCCUUACUGCAAGUUCACCAACACGGACCUGAACCGUCUCAGAAUGCACGUGAUGACGCAGCAUUCUGUCCAGCCCAUGUUACGCUGCCCGCUGUGCCAGGACAUGCUCAACAACAAGAUCCACCUGCAGUUUCACCUCACGCACCUGCACAGUGUCGCACCCGACUGUGUUGACAAGCUCAUCGCCACAGUGACAGCAACCGAUGUCCUACCAGCAAGCAUGUUCAUACCUGUUCCUGGUCCAGAAAGAGAGUCUCAGAAUCCCUCUCAUGCUGUUGCCAAUGCUGAAGAUACAACAAAACAAGCUGAUGGCUUAGAUGCCGAUCUGGAAAAGGGAGUUUCACUUCCGACAGAAACAGUUGAGGUUCGCAAAUCACCUCAAGAAGAUCAACAAACAGAAAAGGAUGAUGCAACUGGAUUCCUGUGCUGGAAGAAAGGCUGUAAUCAAGUGUUCAAAUCCUCCAACUCUCUGCAGAUGCAUUUCAAUGAAGUUCACAACAAAAGGCCUCAGCUACCGGUUUCUGAUCGCCAUGUCUACAAGUAUCGUUGUAACCAGUGUAGCUUGGCCUUCAAGACUGUGGAGAAGCUACAACUCCAUUCCCAGUAUCAUGUGAUCCGAGCAGCGACUAUGUGCUGCCUCUGCCAGCGGAGCUUCAGGACGCUACAAGCCUUGAAGAAACAUUUGGAAACCAGCCACCUGGAACUUAGUGAAGCUGAUAUCCAGCAGCUGUACGGGGGCUUACUGAUGAACGGUGACCUUAUGGUCAUGGGUGACCCAGCCCUUGGUGACGAACAUGGAGGUCUGGGAGAAGAUGACAAAGAGGGGGAUGAGAGUGACCAAGAGGAAAAGCAAAGUCCUACAGGCAGUGAAUCUGGCUCACUGCUGGAAGAGUCUGGAUCUGAACCAAAACGUGCUUUGCCAUUCAGAAAAGGCCCCAACUUCACGAUGGAGAAAUUCUUAGAUCCAUCUCGUCCAUUCAAGUGCACUGUCUGUAAAGAGUCCUUCACACAGAAGAAUAUCCUUUUGGUGCACUAUAACUCUGUCUCCCACCUGCACAAGGUGAAGAGAGCUCUUCAGGAGUCUACCACUGGUCAGCCGGAGCCGACGAGCAACCCUGACAACAAGCCCUUCAAGUGUGGCACUUGUAAUGUGGCAUAUAGCCAGAGUUCCACUUUGGAGAUCCACAUGCGCUCCGUCCUACACCAAUCAAAAGCGAGGGCGGCUAAACUUGAAGCCGCGGGAGGGAUCACUAGCUCUGCAAGUGCUACUGGAGGGACCAUCAGCACGUCAACGGCAAGUCCUGGCCCAGCAAGCAACUCAACAACAAACUCUACCAAUCAUGGCACUUCUGGGUCUCAAACAGCUCAGAAUAUUCUUGGAGGAAACCACACCUCCCAGAGUCAUAGCCACGAGACUAUCAGCUCAGUUAGCAGCCAGUCCUCACCAUCAGAAAACAAUGAAGUAAAAAAGGCUAAGUAUGGAGAUAUGCUGUCUUCACGGGGACAACAACAACUUCAACAACAACAACAACAACAACAACAACAACAAUUAGCUCAUGCUCAAGCCCAAGCUCAGCUUCAGCAAGAGCUCCAGCAGCAGGCUGCUCUUCUGCAAUCACAGCUCUUCAACCCAGCACUUCUGCAGCACUUCCCCAUGACCACUGAUGCACUUCUCCCUUUACAGCAGCAGCAGUUGCUGUUUCCUUUCUACAUCCCUGGAGCAGAAUUUCAGCUAAACCCAGAGAUUAACAUCAGUAAUUCAGCACUUGGCCUAACAGGAGCAACCACCGCCUCACUGCUAGAAGAUCUAAAGAACUCAGCUCAACAGAGCUGCUUGCAGCAGCAACUGAUGCAUCACCACCUCCAGCAGCAAGUGCAUCAGCAUCAACAGCAGCAGCAGCAGCAGCAGCUGCAGCAGCAGCAGCAGCAGCAGGCACAGCCUCACUCACAGGCACAGGGACAGAUGGCAUUGCUGCAACAGAGUGCUUCGCUCCACCAGCAGAUUGAAAAAAAGCAGAAGCCUCCCUCCUCACAAAGUGAGAAAGACAUUCAAAGAGACAGAGAGGUGACUGAAAAGAACGAGGAGGUCAACAAAGAUUCAAUGGAAAAACUAAAGGAAAAGAAGGACAUUCAACACAUUUCAACUAGUAUUAACCAUGACUCUGGUUUACUUCCGCCAAGGAUUGCUUCAGAUGCUCGUGGAAACGCAACCAAAGCCCUGCUGGAAAAUUUUGGGUUUGAGUUAGUUAUUCAGUAUAAUGAAAAUAAACAAAAAGCCCAGAAAAGGGGAACUGGGCCGACAGGAUCAAGUGGACCAGGUGGGAUCACAAGAGUGGUGGAUCCCAUUGAGGGAUUGGAGAAACUAGAAUGUGAAGCCUGUGGCAAGCUGUUUUCAAACAUACUGAUUCUAAAGAGCCACCAGGAGCAUAUCCACCAGGCUUUUUUCCCAUUUCGAUCCCUUGAGAGAUUCGCUAAGGAAUACAGAGAGAAUUACGAUAAACUAUAUCCACUGAGACCUCUUACACCAGAGGCUGCUCCAGCUCCUCCACCUCCUCCCCCACCCCCUCCACCCCAAAGAGCUCCUACACCAAAUAUUCCUGUGUCUGCAGCUGCACUCACACCUCCAACUGUACCUACCCCACAGCCUCCAGUUCCAAUGCCGCAAAUUCCCAUGCCAAUGGAUUUGCCGAUCUUUUCACCGCUAAUGAUGCAGUCCAUGUCACUCCAGUCUUUGCCCAACCAGUUAACUCCUCAGCUGUCCUCUGUUGAACCCAGUCUGGCCUCAGAAUUGGCCCAGCUUUACCAACAACAGCUCACCCCGGCCAUGCUGCAGCAGCAACAGAAUAAGAGGCCACGGACACGCAUUACAGAUGACCAGCUUCGGGUUCUGCGACAAUACUUUGAUAUAAACAAUUCGCCUAAUGAAGAUCAAAUUAAAGAGAUGGCAGAUAAAUCAGGACUGCAGCAAAAAGUCAUAAAGCACUGGUUCAGAAACACGCUUUUCAAAGAGAGACAACGCAAUAAAGACUCGCCAUACAACUUCAAUAACCCACCAACCACAACACUUGAUGAUACCAAAAUUGAUUCUAAACCGCCUUCACCUGAACCACAGAAGCAAGACUUCUAUGGAAGUAAGAGAUCUUCUAGAACUCGGUUUACAGACUACCAGCUGAGAAUUUUACAAGAUUUCUUUGAUGCCAAUGCUUAUCCAAAGGACGAUGAGUUUGAACAGCUUUCCAACCUUUUGAGCCUCCCCACUCGUGUCAUUGUUGUUUGGUUCCAAAAUGCUCGCCAGAAGGCAAGAAAGAAUUAUGAAAACCAGACUGAUGGUGGGAAAGAUGGGGAGAGACGAGAACUUUCAAAUGACCGGUAUAUUCGCACCUCAAAUCUGAACUACCAGUGCAAAAAAUGCAACUUGGUCUUCCAGAGAAUAUUUGAUCUAAUAAAACAUCAAAAGAAGUUGUGCUACAAAGAUGAAGAUGAGGAUGGACAGUAUGACAGCCAAAAUGAAGAUUCAGUUGAUCUUUCUAAUGAUUGUUAUACUCCAUCUGGUUCCUCUUGCCACACCCCAAUGCCUUCUUCUUCAAGUCUCUGCCCACUUCCACCUACACCUUCGGCAUUCUCACAUCUCCCCACAGCUGAUAAGGAGGAGGCGUCACCAGCAACCACCUCGAACUUCCAUGAGGAGAAAUCAAAAGAUGUACCUGACAUUUCAACCGAUUCCCCAAAUAAGACUUCUAUUAAGCAGGAAAAUGUACCCCAACCUCAAUCAGAUUCACAAAAGCAUAGACAUCAGAGAGAAGAGAAUAUCCAACCUAUUUCAAAGCCCAACAAACAUUCCUCUUCUUCCUUCACUCAACAGCAACUGCAGUGUGGUCCAUCAGCUUCUCAGACAAGCCAGCCACCCUCCCAAAGCUCUCACUUGAGCCACAAUCCCCACAUGAGUUCGGCUACACAACAAAUGGCACAGCAGCUCAUCCCAUACCAGUGUGAUCAGUGCAAGAUUGGCUUCCCCUCCUUUGAGCACUGGCAGGAGCACCAGCAAUUACACUUUCUCUCUGUGCAGAAUCAGUUCAUCCACCCACAAUUCAUUGACCGCUCAAUGGACAUGCCUUUCAUGCUAUUUGACCCGACCAAUCCUCUCCUGGCAGGCCAGUUACUUUCUGGGACAAUGCCCCAGAUCCCCAGCAGCUCUGCCACUUCUCCAUCCACCCCCACAUCCACAAUGAACUCCCUGAAGAGGAAGUUGGAGGAAAAAGCUGGCACAAGCCCAGGAGAGAAUGACAGCACAAACAGUGAAGAGCCACAUCGAGACAAGCGGCUUAGAACCACCAUCACGCCUGAGCAGCUCGAGAUUCUUUAUCAGAAGUACCUAUUGGACUCUAAUCCGACGCGUAAGAUGCUUGACCACAUCGCACAUGAGGUGGGGCUGAAAAAGAGAGUAGUGCAAGUCUGGUUUCAGAAUACUAGAGCACGGGAGAGAAAAGGCCAGUUCAGAGCCGUGGGGCCAGCUCAAGCUCAUCGGAGGUGCCCCUUCUGUAGAGCUCUUUUUAAAGCAAAAACUGCUCUUGAGGCACACAUUCGCUCUCGUCACUGGCACGAAGCCAAACGUGCUGGUUAUAAUUUAACCCUCUCUGGUAUGUUACUUGACCACGAAGGGAUCCAAUUAAAGUUGGAUGCCUUGGAGACGUCAGCCUAUUCACAAAUGUCAUCUUCAAAUAUGGAUGGACAAAGUUCUUCCAUGUCUCCUGUGAAUCGAGGAAUGGAUUCGUCUCCCAGGGCUCUUCUAAGUCCUUCGUCGAUUAAAGUUGAAGGAAUGGAAGAUUUUGAUGGUUCAGCCAUGUCUGCUGUGAACCUUAGCUUUGAUCAAAACAAACUGGAUAAUGACGACUGUUCCUCUGUUAAUACGGCCAUCACAGAUACAACUACAGGUGAUGAGGCUAAUGCUGACAAUGACAGUGCUGAUGCAAAACACAGCCAGAGUAGUAGUGACUACCUGCCUAAGCCUGGGGGCACUGUCCCCAUCCUUGAAAACGAUGACCAGAUGUCUUCAGGGCUCGUAAGCCCUGCUACAAGCUAUUAUGCUAAGGACUGUGAAAAUGAACAUAUAAUUGACCACAGUGAGACAUCCAGUCUGGCGGAUCCUUGUUCGCCAAGUCCCGGAGCUUCAGGCACCAGGAGCAUCGACAGCGGUGAUCGUCCUGGUCAAAAGCGCUUCCGAACCCAGAUGACAAACCUCCAGCUCAAAGUGUUGAAGUCCUGUUUUAAUGAUUACAGGACUCCCACCAUGUUGGAAUGUGAGGUACUUGGCAAUGAUAUUGGACUUCCAAAGAGAGUGGUUCAGGUAUGGUUUCAAAAUGCCCGUGCCAAGGAAAAAAAGGCAAAGCUCAACAUGGCCAAGCACUUUGGAAUAAAUCAGACAUCCUAUGAGGGGCCGAAAACUGAAUGCACUUUGUGUGGUGUCAAGUACAGUGCCCGCCUCUCUGUUCGCGAUCACAUAUUCUCCCAGCAGCAUAUCUCCAAGGUUAAGGAUACCAUUGGCAGUCAGAUUGACAAAGAAAAAGAGUACUUUGACCCAGCUACUGUCCGUCAACUCAUGGCUCAGCAAGAGAUGGACCGUAUUAAGAAGGCCAAUGAAGUUUUAGGAUUGGCGCAGCAGCAGGCCAUGCAGCAACAAGGAAUGUUUGAUAACCCUGCAAUGCAGGCGCUGAAUCUCCAGUCAGCCUAUUCUAAUCUACAAGGCAUUCCACCUGUCCUCUUGCCAGGGGUUGGAAGCCCCUCUCUUUCCAGCUUUAAUUCGUCUAACUCAGCUUUAACUCCUCCUAAACCUUCAAACCUGCUAAACAUGCCUGGUGCCAGUGUUCCCUCGCCAAGCUUGCCAACAUCUGGAUUGCCCAACAAGCCUCCCUCAUCAUCAUCUCUGUCCACAUCGAGCCCAGCGCAGACAAAUACAUCCGCGUCCCACUCGAGCCCCACCUCUACAUCCAACUCCAUUUCCUCAAGCAACCCGUCCGUCUCCCGGCCUGAACACUCCAAAGAGCGUGAAGUUGAGAGGUUGAGAGAAAAGGAGAAGCCCAAGGAAAAGCCGGAGAAGCCCUCAACCCCGUCAUCAACUGGAAGUACCCCUGCUCCUUCUACUUCUGCUGCCAGCGCCAAGAAGGAAAAGCCAGACCCAGCUGUUCCCGCCACCUCUAUGCCUACACCCGGCAUGGAAUAUGUGGUAGAUCCUGCCCAGCUACAAGCCCUGCAGGCUGCCUUGGCUUCAGAUCCUACAGCUCUUCUCACAAACCAGUUCCUUCCCUACUUCAUGCCUGGCUUUUCUCCAUACUACACCCCACAGAUCCCCGGCGCUCUCCAAGGUGGUUACCUGCAACCAAUGUAUGGUAUGGAAAGUCUCUUCCCCUACAACCCUGCAUUGUCACAAGCACUGAUGGGCCUGUCUCCGGGAUCCCUGCUGCAGCAUUACCAGCAAUAUCAGCAGAGCUUGCAGGAAGCACUACAACAGCAGCAGAGGCAGCUUCAGCAGAUCCAGCAACCCAAGGCGAGCCAAAAUCAAGCUCCCCCUAAAUCCUCGGGGGAUCGGAAAGAAGCGGCCAGAGAUCAGGUGAAAACAGAGGAGCAAAAGGGCAACCAUCACAGCGCAUCUCCCAACACAUCUUCCACCUCCUCCACUCAUAAUAACGCAUCCGCUGAACAGAAUGAGUUGGAUGGCAAAGCUGUGGACCUUCAUCUAGACCAGUUCAUCGUCCCCAAGGCGCAGUAUAAACUGGCAUGCCGGAAGUGUCAAGCAGUUUUCACCAAGGAAGAAGCGGCUAUUAGCCACCUUAAGUCCAACUGUUUUUUCGGUCAGUCUGUGGCAAACCUGCAAGAGAUGUUGCUGCGGGUCCCCAGUGGCGUAGGUGCAGGGGUUGGAAGUCUCUACGACUGCCUGGCUUGUGACACUACGUUGGAUGGGGAAAAAGCGCUCGGUCAACAUCUGGAAUCAGCUUUGCACAAACACAGAACAAUCAAGCGAUCAGCCAGAAAUGCCAAAGAGCACGCUACUAGUUUAUUACCUCACUCUUCAGCCUGCUUCCCCACUCCUAACACCACAUCUACCUCGCAGUCUGCCACUCAUCCCAUCAGCAGUCCCACUCCGCCACCAACGACAUCAGCUACCAUGCCAUCAUCUGCGGGGUCCACUCCCCUUUGCUCCUCCUCCUCCUCCACCACUACACAGCUCAACGCCACAGCCGCCAGCAAAUCCUGGUCCCAGGCCCCUUUCUCCAGAGCUUUAGUCGGCAAGCCAAAUGCCAGUCCCUCCUAUGCUUCCUCCUUGUUUCCUCCAGUGUCCUCACCCUCAACGGUUACCUCAAGUUCAUUGAGCACCUCAGGAGUUCAGACCUCGAUACCAACAGACGUCUUUACUGACGAGUCUGACUCUGACAGCAGUCAGAAGUCGGCAGACAGACUGGGCAGGACGGCGGACGAGCCGCAGCAACCUGGCUUUGUCAAAGACAGUACUUGUAGUAGUAAUCUCGCUAGUGUAGGAACAGACUCCAUCAGAUUGUAAAAGAGCUUUCGUUGAUGGACAAUGUUUAAAAAAAAAUACAAAAAUGAAAAAAAAAUCACAAAUGGAAAAAAUCAGAAAAAGCAGCAAUGUUAAAUACGUUAAAGGUAUACAAACCAAUUUCAGAAAAAAAAGAUGUAAAGACUUACUGCAAUUCCAAAGCUUGUAACCAAAAACUUAAUGUUAGUGGAUUGUUUUCCCAUAUCAACAUGCUGGUUUCCAUUUUGUUUUGUUUUGUUCAACUGAAACACACGCAUAUUAAUAAUAUAUGAGAAGAGAAAAGAGUGAUGAGGAAGAAUGCUGACAAAUGGCCCAAGAAACCCUUUGAAAAAUUCUGAGUAGAGAAGAUACCCUUUUGUUUAGUAAUCAUUUAUAUUUAAUAGCACACUCACAAAAAGCCAGUAUGUACUGUAUGGGAGAAUAGUCCGGUCCAUGUUCUUGCUAUUUAAGCAUUCAGAUACCAAUGGCUUGCAAAAGUAAAAUAAUAAUCUAACGUCUAUUUUAUUCUCAGGUCAAUGGCUCGCAAAUGUUAUGUUCUGUUACGCAAACCCAUGUUUGACAUGCUUGUUUCUCUUCAUAUCUUGAUUAACCACAACAUUUUAAUUGGAGUGGAAAUUAAUAAGGCAUUUUUAUGGGCAUUAAAAUGGCAGAUAAUUGGCUGAGUUUUACUGUUGAACAAAAGAAUAGAUGGGAGAAGAAUUGUUAUCCAUUCAUACAAAGAGACCAUUGCAGAUGUAAAAAUGGGCCAUGAAUAAUUGAGUUUUUAAAGGAAACAAAAAAAAAGCAUCCCUCUGUAUUUAUAAAGGUUCCAGAUAUUGUGGUGUUAUGUAGAUUGCUGGAUUGGAAGUGAAUUGAAGCAGUUUGGUAGCCUGAAAUUUUUUUUGUGUACAUUUAGCUUUUGUAUUGUCCAAUUUUAAGACACUUCAUUUGAUGUUGUCUUGAUCAUUCCGAUAGAUCAUUAGAUGAUGGGCAAUGGGUAAUUUAUCCAAAUGAUAUUUCUGUCUCAUUCACAACCUUCUUGGGAGAUAUUCAUCCAGAUUUCUCUCCUGACAAGGAAGGAACCGCUUUAAGCGUUAUUUAAAACGUAUGGGUCAGUCAGUACUGCAUCCAUCAACUGGAUGAAAACAAGUUGUGAGUGAAAUAAUGAAAUUCUAAUUUUAUUUAAUUUUUUUUGGUUACCUUUGUGCACUUAUUACUGUCUAACUCCCAUUUCUCACUCUGUGUUCUUCUCCCCGCACUUAUUUCCCUUGGCUGUCCUGUAUUUGUAGAUGCGAUGCAGGUCCUCUGUGUGGCUACACUUUUUAUUUUGUUGUCAUUCAUGCAAAUGAAAAAAUAAUACUAAUAAUAAUUCUCACGCUUUAAGACAAAAAGAAAAUCCAAAGACUGAACACUUUUCACCAUUGGUGCAUAAAGAUGAGAAAAGAGGCUUCUUUAUACUUGAUAAUUUGUUGCUGUUUUUAAAGGAAAGAAAACAAAGUUUUAAAAGAUAAAGGAGUACGCAUCAGAGUUACCGUUUUUGCUUCCUUGCGAGCAAACGGGUGGCUUUUUUACGUAGAUACCAAAAACCAAAAAGGGCCCUCGUCCUUGCAUUGUGGAGUAGCACCGUUACAGAGCCAUUGCAGUUUGUAAGAUAGUUAUGAAUCUUUGUUUGACUUUUGACACAUUCAAAUGUCAAUUUUUUUUUUUUAAAGAUCAUGUAUUAGGUCUGGUCUUCGAGGACAUACAUGUGCUGCUAAUGUAAAAUUUUGAAAGGAAAAAAAAAACCUAGAUGCAUGCUCAUUUUGCUUUUGGCGAAGCUUUAACAAAAACAAACAAUAAACCAAUUUCUUGCCUCUCUGCAACACCUUUUUUGUUUCUUGUUGCAAAAACGGAACUUUGAAGACUGUGAAUAUGUAUGUUCCAAAGGACAUUUUGCUGAUUUUCUUUUGGACAGACCAAUGUUUUGAAGCCAAUGAUCUAUGACGUUUGUGAAGAACGGUGCAUUCCAAAUACCACAAUGUUAUUUCCUUUGUUUAAACGCAAGGACUGAUCUUUUGUCAUUUGAAUUAUUUUAAGUGUCAAUCUAUUUUCACUCCACUGUUGUGUACAUUUUUACUGAAAGAUCCAUCUGUGCAGACGUGGAACACUCACUCCAUCCAGUCGAGAUUGUUGCUUACUUGUUCGGCAAGUAAUGAUGGUUACCAAAAAGUGUAUAUAAUACAUCUGGUACUGAUGUGUCUCCUAGGUUUUAAUCAUAUUUUUGCCAGUCAACAUAAAACUAGUUUCAAAAAAGGCGAGUGAUAGCUUUUUACCUGCGGUGUGAUUGCCCUCCACCCCCGCCCUACUCCCUCGCAGGGAAAUCCAGCAAUGACUUGUCCCAUGUGUAAGCAGGGUGCCACUUUUACGCAUCGAUUACAGGUCUUGAGGGGCAUCUUCAUUCCAAAGCAUUCUUUCUGGUCGCUAGGAGUUUUUUUCGGAGGUGUCCCUUGGUUCAAACGGCUAGGAGGCUUUCAUGUCCCAAAGAAGUCACCCACUUGAUCGUAUCGCAAUGGAAACGGAUGAGCAUAGGUACCCCCACACUUUCACUGAUAACAAACAAAAAUGUCUAUUUUUUCAACCAAGACUUAUUUAAAUUUGUGGACAACCUCUUUUUGACCAAUAUUGUACAGCCAAUUUAUAUAGAUAUAUGUACGUAUACGCCCCAAUGAUCUUAAUGCCUUUUGGUGUUGAUACCAUAGCAUGUUGUUAAGAGCAAUGAUUGACUCUCCAAGCUUGCCACUUCUCGAAAAUUCUGUUUCCCUGAAAUUGUGUACUUUUUGAUUUCAUAAAUUAAGUUAUAUUGUUUUUCUCCCUUAAAUAUAUUUUAAUUUCCCUAUAAUGUCAAACAUGUAUUUCAGUUUUGUAUUUGUAUGUUUUUGUGGUCUGUGUACAUAAUUCCAUCAUAAAUUAACACUAGAUUUGAAUUAGGUUUUUAAAAUUAGGAAACAAAUCCAAAAAUAUGUCCCAGUCACUUUAUUGAGUUUUUUUAUUUUAUUUUUUUUUAAUAUAUAAAAUUGUUUCAAAGCUAUUUCAAAUAUAUCUUAUUUCCAAAGUUCAAGGGUAAUCAUUUCGGCUCUUGUAUAGAGGAAAGUUCAAUCCCUACAUCAGAUGCACCCAGCAUGGCCCUGUAUGUGAAUUAGAAAGCGUGUGCGUAUGUGUUUCAUAAGAGCCAAUUAAUUUCCCCCUUUUUUUUUGGUGUUAGACAUCAAAACAAAGCAAGCCGCAAUUCAGAGUAAUUGAGAAAAUCUAAUGAUCAAAGUGACUGUGGUAGCUUUUACUCCGAUUGAUCACAUGAAUGUGGCAAAAGCUUUAUGCAGUCAACAAAAGAACAUUUGUACACCCCCGCCCCCUGAAAAAAAGUGUAUAUUUUAGCAAAAUGUUUUUGUGGGUAUCUGCCUCCACAAUACUUACAUUGGGAUAUUUGAUGGACAUUCAAAAAGCAACAAGGUUAUGCCGUAGAGGUCAUCUUUGCCCACUGUGAAAAGGCGUGUGUACUAGUAUACAGAUACAAAUAUAUUUAAAUCAAGACAUCACUUUUUGUUUGUUUCUGAGAUGAAGAAGGACUGAAAAGAAACAAAAAAAAAGACUCUGGGAAUCUUUAGAGCUCUUAUCAGGAGGACACGGGGGGCCGUGGGCACACCGAAACUGGGCAUGGGAGCCGAGGGCAGGCUCCGAAACAGCUUUAAAUACCACCUCCUUAUCUGAUUAGUGACGACGAGAAUGGACUCUGGAACCGAUGGACGUUGUGUGGCAGACAGACGGAGAGAGAGAGAGAACAGAAUCUUGACUGCAGCUGCUCUUUCCUCUUUUCUUUCCCCCAUCUGCCUCCGCUUCUGACCCUUUGAUGGAUGUUUCCCCGAAUUUCAGGAAAGGACGGACAGAGACGCUGGCCUCUUUCCCCUCCUCCACGUUGCUACCUGUCUCCCUUUCCCCUCCGCUUGUCUUUGGUAGACAAGUAAAGCUCUCAAGUCACGCGGCAGCUCACCCCUCUCGCUGUUGGUUAUCUGGUCAAAGAAGAAAAAAAGAGAAAUUAACAGCAGAGGGUGGGGUUGAGUUCUCCAAACUGUCAUUUCUUGGCAAAAGAGGCAGUUGUACACUUAAAGAAAAGCGUAUUAACCAAAAUCAACAACCAAACUAACAACCAAACAACCAUUUGCUCCAACGUCAAAGAUGAACUGUUACUUGGGGCGAUCCGUUCCUUUUGUGACUUCUGGUGCCACAAUUGUUUCUUUUGGUUUCGUUGUUUUUCUUUUUUUUUUAAACAAACUUUUAGACUUUUUUUUGUUUCCUUAAAUGACUCCUCGUUCGAGCCUCAUAAGCAUGGCUCUGGGGCUCCAGGCAGCCCGGCUGAGGGUAGAAAAAAAAACAGCCUUGCAAUGUACAAAAAAGAGCAAGUUAAACCAAAAAUGUUGUUCUUGAUGUCUUUUCUAUACUGUAGUCUUGUUAGCUUUUUUGUUACUGUAAUUAUAUGAUGAAGAUUUCCAGACUGUACCAAAUGACAUGGAAACUGACAUACAUACAAACCACAUGGAACUUCAGACUUUUAAAGAAACUUUUGUCACAAAACCUUGUUGUCCUAGUUAAGUUGAUUGUAGAUGUUAAUUGAAUAUACUCCUUUGAAAAUAUUUCAUCAAGUAUGUUUCUUGCUCAUUGUGAUACAUUAAAAUAAGUAUGAGCAUAGA